AUGCAAACUCCACAGAAAAGCCCCAGCCUCAGACCCUUCAAACAGAGGAAGAGUCUAGCAACCAGACAGGAGGAAGUUGCUGGAAUCCGGGCCAAGUUCCCCAACAAGAUCCCGGUGGUCGUGGAGCGCUACUCCAAGGAGAAGUCCCUGCCUGUGCUGGACAAGACCAAGUUCCUGGUCCCUCAGGAGCUGACCAUGACCCAGUUCCUCAGCAUCAUCCGGAGCCGCAUGGUCCUCGGGGCCACGGAGGCCUUUUACUUGCUGGUGAAUGACAAGAGCGCCGUCAGCAUGAGCGCGACCAUGGCGGACAUCUACAGGGACUACAGGGACGAGGACGGCUUCCUCUACAUGACCUACACCUCCCAGGAGAUGUUCGGGGGCGCGGAGCCUUUGGCCCCAGGGAUGGAGCGGCCCGGAGGGCGGGCCUCGCCCGGUACUGGCCCUCCCCCCCAGGGGCCGACGCCAGCAGGGCCCACCAGCUCCCUCGCUGACGUGAUGGACAGACAGACAGCCGGGCCUCCCCGCGGAAACAGCGCCAACUUGACCGGAGGUGCCCGCAGCCCUGCUCUCUCUGGUGCGCACGCGCUGAUCGCCCCAGAGAAGCGCGGCGGCUCCUGCGAGUCCUGCAGCUAA